AGUAUAAAUAAACACACCAACUAUUGGUACAGCAAAAAUCAUGGCAAGCCUUCAAGUCUUGAGCUUGUGUUCCUGUAAACUCUCCUUCUCCUCGCCUAACAACCGAAGGAGAGCGAUCAUGGCCACCAACAACGUCCCGAAAUUCCGAAAAACUCAUCUCUCCCUCUCGAACCUAGCCAAUGGAGGCUCCAUGGAGGAGCUCAUGCUCAAAAACGAUUUUACUAGCAGCAAUAUCUCGUUGAAAGAAGAUAUAAGCGAGUCUGAGGAGCUGGUGAUCGGGAAAUUAUACGCGAUAAAGGAGACGGUGGCGGAUAGAGUGGAGAUGCAUAAGAAUAUUUGUGAGCAGAGGAAGAACUGGAACAGCUUGUUGUUAACAUCAAUUAAUACAAUCAUUCUUGGAGCUGCGACAAUGGCGGGAAUUGCGGCUACGAUUAAUGCAAAUGGGGCCCCUUUGAUUGCGUUGAAGAUUGCUUCUACUUUGUUGUAUAUUGGAGCUACUGGGAUGGUGAUUAUUAUGAACAAGAUUCAGCCGUCUCAGCUUGCUGAAGAGCAGAGGAAUGCUACGAGGUUGUUUAGGCAUAUUCAGAAGCAUGUUCAGACAGUGAUUGAUAUUGGAUCACCAACGGCUAGUGAAGUUGAGGAUACGAUGAAUAGGGUUUUGGCUCUUGACAAGGCUUAUCCGCUUCCUUUGCUUGGGGUUAUGAUUGAUAAGUUUCCUUCUAAUGUUGAGUCUGCUGUGUGGUGGCCUUUGAGAGGACAGGGGAAUGAUCAUGAAGAAGGGGGGAUUGAGAUUGAUGAGGGUGAUGAAGAGAGGUUUGGGAAUGGAUGGACUCAAGAGCUGGAGAAUGAGAUGAGGGAGAUUGUGGGGAUUCUGAGGAGGAAUGAUGAGGCUGACUACUUGAGGCUAGGUGGGAUUGCUUUGAAGCUGAACAAAGUCUUGGCUAUUUGUGGACCUUCUUUGACUAUUUUGGGGGCCAUUGGGAGUGGUUUUGUGGGGUUUGGUUCUUUUGAAGAGAGUUCAUGGGCUGUGAUGCUUGGAGUGGUGGGAGGUGCUCUUGCUAGUGUUGUCAACACAAUGGAGCAUGGUGGACAGGUUGGGAUGGUGGUGGAGCUGUAUCGCAGUAAUGCCGGAUUCUUCAGGGAGAUAGAGGAGGAGAUUGAGUUUAAUUUGAGGGAGAGAGAUGUGAGGAAAAGAGAGAAUGGGAAUUUGUUUGAAAUGAAGAUUGCAUUGCAGCUGGGGAGGAGUAUUGCAGAGCUGAGAAAUAUUGCUGAUAAGGGGCAUGACAUUAAAGAGUUUGGCAGCAAGCUUUUUUAGUUUUUGUUUGAAUUUUAGUUCAUCUUGUAGUUCUGUUAAUCGCCUGUUUCUGAGUUUCAACUAGUCUAGACUCUAGCAUAUAGUUUGUUGUAGAAAUGAUUGAUGAGAGGAACAAAUAAAGUGUAUAUAAUUGGUGCACUGUGCACAAGUUCUUGUGAUUUUGUGUACAUAUUCAAGCUUGAUAGA